AUGCUGACUAAACUAAUAGAAGUGAAUUAUGACAUUGCAAACAGCCUUUCGAUGAUUGCAAAUAUGGCAGUUAUUGUACUGUUGCACUGCAAGAAAGCUCGAAAAUUGCUGGGGCCAUAUCGCUGGAUUAUUUUGAUUGCAGCAGCAAUUCAAUUCAGCUCCAGUUUCACCACAUUUCUUACACCAUAUAGAUAUCAUUUAUUCAUGUCAUUGGCAAUACUGCUCUUCUGCUUGUUGAUUGUGCUCGAAGAGUUCCUCUACUUGCGAGGAGUGGAAAUCACAUACGACAAGAAUCACUAUGUAUUGAAACGCUCCACACGAAAGAUAACAAUUUAUGAACCGUUCUGGACUGUAAUGAUGUUCUAUUUUCCGCAAAUGAUAAGCUCCUUGGUAACUUGCUUUUGUACAUACAGUAUUCAUAAAGAACUUCGCAAAUCAGCAACAAGCGAGCGAACGAAAGCAUUGCAAAAGCAGCUUACUGUAGCUAUG